AUGCGGGACGCCGUUCUCAGUGCGUCGCGCGCGUUGGAGCGGAGCGACAGCGUGGACAAACUCAUGAAGCUCAUGGUUGGCGUCUUCACUCUCUUGAGCACGACGAGCUGUUCGCGGCGAGAGCGGUAUAGUGCCUCGGCUAAACAACUCACUGAAAUACGCUCUGUUCUGCGUGUGGGCCGGGUUUUCGGCCUCUCGCUCAAGAUGCAGUCCCUCGUCGAGGUGUUCACUGCACAGGGCAUCGUGUGGACGGAGCGCAAGAAGUUUGUGGAGCUCCUCAAGACCAUCUUUGACUUUCUCUACGCCGUGGGUGACCAUGCCCUGCUCGUCGCUCGUGAGGGACUGCUGGGCAAGAACGUUGACAUGACGCGUCUACGGAACUGCACCGUGACAAUGCAGCUCUGUGGUCAUUUAUUGGGUACGGUGCUCUACAUGUUCGAGCUGCGCGACGCCCUCCGAAAGUGUCGGUACGACCCACCGGUGGCGAUGCGGAAGUGUAAGCUCUCCACCAUCAACGCGAUGCGCGACGCGAUAGACACGGUGGUGACCUUGUUCAUCUGUAGCUACAUGAGAAAUGCACAGUGCCCGAGUCCGCGUGUCGACGGCGCCUUGCGAUGUCUUUCUGGUGCACUUUCCGUGUAUUUGAGCUGGCAGGAAAGCGCUUAG